UUUCAUAAUAAACUAUCAUCGCUGAAACUCGUCGACCCGCCGGCGGCGAUGGAUUUGCAGCAAAAGCAGCGGUGUUGGAAACUUGAACUCGAGGUUUUAGAUAGCGAUUCUUCAUGGAUCAGUAAAUUUGAUCCUUCCAAGAAGAAGAAGAAGAGGAAGCCUCUGAUACGCGAAGACUACAUCUUGUUCCAGAAAGGAGGACACUUUGCGGAGGCUAAUGCAGCACACUGUCAAUCUGGCCAGAAGUUUGAGCCGGAUUAUGGCUAUAAGGAGCUCUUGAGUAGGGUGUUUGAUAGGCUUCGCGAGGACGAUCUCGAGGUUUCUACAGAAUCGCCAAGAAGAGUGAUGAUACCUCCUCAGCUCUUUGCACAAGGGACGGUAACAGUUUGUUUAAACUUUGCUGAUCUCUGCAGAACGAUGCAUAGGAAGCCAGAUCAUGUCAUGAAAUUCUUGCUUGGCCAAAUGGAGACAAAAGGAUCGCUGAACAAACAGCAGCGGCUAGAGAUGAAGGGUUUAGUGUCUUCUAAGAAUUUUCAAGCUGUGUUCCGGAGAUACGUUGAUGCGUUUGUAAUCUGCAUCUGCUGCAAAAGCCCUGACACAGCUCUCGUGGAAGACAAUGGUCUCUUCACUCUCAAAUGUGAGAUGUGUGGUUUUAGUAGCAUCUAUUGAUGUACCAUGUCCCCUGUGAAUAACUCAUGAAGAUAUGCAACUUCUAGAGCGACGUGCUAGGCAAGGUUCCUCUGUAAGAUUUAUAGUGAUUUCUUUGAUAUGCAGUCUCUUCUGACUUUGUUAGUCAGUUGUACAACCUUGAACCAGAAGAUGUUUUCUUUACAAUAGUAAUAAAACUUCCCGUGUCCUGAGAAA